AAGGCAGCACGUCUGUUUGAUAUCGCUGUGUAGAAUCUUUCAGAGAGAAAAUUAAUUUCUUGUUGAAUAAUUAAGUGUUUAUCCCCGUGUCUCAGGGGAUCAAGACAGACAGACAGAGCUGCCAGGUCUUUAACAGUAGUUGGUAUAGGGGUUGGUUUGCAGACUGUGGUUCAAUUCCUGAAUAAAUGUUUGUUCGCUGGUCUUUUUCUGACGGUGUGUAAUGUGUUGACUGAAAGUGCAACCGAGGGCAGUGCGUCACUGUACAAGAUGGACACCGCCGAGGAAGCUGACAUAUGCCGUGUCUGCAGGUCAGAAGGUACCCCGGACAAACCUCUCUAUCACCCUUGUGUGUGCACCGGCAGUAUUAAAUUCAUACACCAGGAGUGCUUGGUUCAGUGGCUGAAACACAGCAGGAAGGAGUACUGUGAACUAUGCAAGCAUAGAUUUGCCUUCACACCAAUUUAUUCUCCAGAUAUGCCUUCACGGCUUCCUAUCCAGGACAUAUUUGCAGGACUGGUAACAAGUAUCGGCACAGCAAUACGAUACUGGUUUCAUUACACGCUUGUGGCCUUUGCGUGGUUGGGAGUCGUACCUCUCACAGCAUGUCGUAUCUACAAGUGUUUGUUUACUGGCUCUGUGAGCUCCUUACUGACACUGCCAUUAGACAUGUUAUCAACGGAAAAUGUGUUGGCAGACUGCUUACAAGGCUGUUUUGUGGUGACAUGUACGCUCUGUGCAUUUAUAAGUUUGGUCUGGCUACGAGAGCAGAUUGUUCAUGGCGGUGCCCCCCUGUGGCUAGACCAGAAUCAGCAGCAUCCUGCCAAUGGAGCUGGUCUGCCAAACGAGGCCCCUGGUGCAGGGAAUGGGGCUGCAGAGAAUGUGCCAGCGCCACCACCCCCUAACCCCCCUGCGGAAAAUGCAGUGGUGGCAGAGAUUCCAGAUAUCCAGGUGGACCCUGCCGAGGACAUGGAGGCCGAUAACGAUGACGAAGAUGACCCAGCGGCUGAGGAUGCCGCUGAUGCAAACAAUGGCGCACAAGAUGAUAUGAACUGGAAUGCACUGGAAUGGGACCGGGCUGCUGAGGAGCUUACAUGGGAGCGCAUGCUUGGGCUGGAUGGUUCCUUGGUUUUUCUGGAACAUGUUUUCUGGGUUGUUUCAUUAAAUACACUCUUCAUUCUUGUGUUUGCAUUUUGUCCCUAUCACAUUGGUCACUUCUCUGUGGUUGGACUUGGCUUUGAAGAAUAUGUCCAAGCUUCUCACUUCGAAGGCCUGAUAACAACGAUUGUCGGCUACGUCCUCUUGGCUGUAACUUUAAUUGUAUGUCACGGACUAGCAGCAGUAGUGAAAUUCCAAAGAUCCCGACGUUUAUUGGGAGUUUGCUAUAUCGUUGUCAAGGUUUCAUUGCUGGUUGUUGUGGAAAUCGGUGUGUUUCCUCUCAUUUGUGGUUGGUGGCUUGAUAUUUGCUCCUUGGAAAUGUUUGAUGCUUCAUUGAAGGACCGAGAAGUGAGUUUCCAAUCAGCACCAGGCACUACUAUGUUCCUGCAUUGGCUAGUAGGAAUGGUCUAUGUGUUCUACUUUGCAUCUUUCAUUCUCUUACUUCGAGAGGUGCUGAGACCGGGAGUGCUAUGGUUUCUGAGAAACCUGAAUGACCCAGAUUUUAAUCCAGUCCAAGAAAUGAUUCACCUGCCUAUAUACAGACAUCUUCGAAGAUUUAUUUUAUCAGUGGUCGUGUUUGGGUCAAUUGUCCUCUUAAUGCUUUGGCUGCCAAUCCGCAUAAUCAAACAGAUUCUACCUGAUUUCCUGCCUUAUAAUGUGAUGCUGUACAGUGAUGCCCCAGUGAGUGAGCUGUCUCUGGAGCUGCUUCUGCUUCAGGUGGUGCUUCCAGCUCUUCUGGAGCAAGGACACACCAGGCAGUGGCUGAAGGGUCUGGUCAGGGCAUGGACUGUAACGGCAGGCUAUCUGCUAGACCUUCAUUCUUACCUGUUGGGAGACCAGGAGGAAAACGAUAACAAUGCCAACCAGCAGGCCAACAAUAACCAGCAAGCUCGCAAUAACAAUGCCAUUCCAGUGGUGGGAGAGGGGCUCCAUGCCGCUCACCAGGCUAUUCUACAGCAGGGAGGGCCAGUGGGCUUUCAGCCUUACCGUAGGCCUAUGAGAUUCCCUUUCAGGAUCGUGCUGUUAAUAGGUUUCAUGUGUGCAACAUUACUGAUUGCCAGUCUCAUUUGUCUCACAUUACCAGUAUUCACUGGCCGCUGGUUAAUGUCUUUUUGGACGGGCAGUGCCAAGAUCCACGAGUUGUACACAGCAGCCUGUGGGCUGUAUGUGUGCUGGCUAUCCAUCCGAGCUAUCACUGUCCUCCUUGCCUGGAUGCCGCAGGGACGUCGGGUUAUUGCACUUAAAGUGCAGGAGUGGUCUCUUAUGCAGCUAUCAGCAGGUAUCUUGUUGGUUUUGCAGAUAGUGAAGACCUUGAUUGUGGCUGUGCUGCUGGCUGGGGUUGUCCCCUUGUUGCUGGGCCUCUUGUUUGAGCUGGUUAUAGUAGCCCCUCUGAGGGUACCUUUGGAUCAGACACCACUAUUUUAUCCGUGGCAGGACUGGGCUCUUGGAGUUCUACAUGCCAAAAUUAUUGCUGCUAUUACUCUGAUGGGACCCCAGUGGUGGCUGAAGACUGUGAUUGAGCAGGUUUAUGCAAAUGGUAUCCGCAACAUUGACCUCCAUUUUAUAAUCCAGAAACUAGCAGCACCUGUCAUUGCUGUCUUACUCCUCUCUCUCUGUGUGCCCUAUGUCAUUGCUGUUGGCAUUGUACCUGUAAUAGGUGUAGCUGACGAGAUGCAGAACUUGGUUCAGCGCCGGAUUUAUCCUUUUCUUCUAAUGGUGGUGAUGUUGAUAGGAAUCCUGUCCUUUCAGAUUCGCCAGUUUAAGCGCCUUUAUGAACACAUUAAAAAUGACAAGUAUCUUGUUGGUCAGCGACUUGUGAACUACGAACGCAAAACAGGCAGAGUUAGCUCAACACCACCAACCAUCUCUCCUCCAGAGUAGUGGUAGCUCCUUUAAGAUGUCAGGCACGCUCUGAACUCCUCAUCACAGACCUUUUUCUCCCUAGCCCAAAGUUAGCUACCUUUUGGUCCACCUUGUCCUUAUAUUGUCUUGCCUUCUGUUAUCCUGUGCUGCCUGAAAUUUGUACAUGUGUAAAUAGAACAAAAUGCUGACCCUAAAGACAAACUUGGAUAAAAAUAAGAAUGUGCUUUGUACAUCGUAAAUAUGUAUUUUAAUUUAUUAAAUCUAGUUGUCACUUUAUUUUGGACUCUUGUUGUUCAGUCUAAAUGACACUAUGCUGCCAACCAGUGCUCCAGAUAAGGUUUUGGGUCUGGGUGUAACUUACCCUAUAAUUUUAACACAGAGGGUAAAAUGUAUUUUCAGGGGGCAAAAUGCAACAUUACCUUGAAGUCACGAGUAAUCUUGAUUUUAAAUACUGUACAGUCUUUAAUGGUAAUGGAGUAGGUAUUAAAAAACAGCCUUCCAUGUUAA